AGGUGGACGAAAGUAAUUUGGAUCCAAACGGAGAUCCGAUAACGCCGCAAUUUCGUGCUGCCCAUGUGGAGCCGAUGCGUCGACAGGCCCGCCCACCGUUUCAGGAUCGGAAUUCUGUGCGUGAUCCUGAGCCGGACCAGCAAGUGGAGCACCCCCAGCCAGAGGUACUGAAAAUGUUUACGCUGCCAACGCCGCUGGGCGAGCGUAGGGACUGGCACGAUUACAAGGCAAUGGAAGCGGACAAAGCACGCAUCGGCAUGGGCGAACACGGACAGCCAGCCACCAUUGAUCCCUCGGAAAGAGACCUGGAACAGCAGGAAUACCGCAGGAAUGGCUUCAAUGGCUACCUCUCCGACAGAAUCUCGGUGAAUCGCUCAGUGCCAGAUGUGCGAAAAGAGGCUUGCAAGUCGCGCAAAUAUCUGGCCAAGCUGCCCAAUGUCAGUGUCAUCUUCAUUUUCUACAACGAACACUUUCAGACGCUUCUGCGCUCCGUUUACAGCAUCGUCAAUCGCACGCCUCCCGAGCUGCUUAAGCAAAUUGUGCUCGUGGACGAUGGCAGUGAGUGGGAGACGCUUAAGCAACAAUUGGAUGACUAUGUCGCUCUACAGUGGCCCGAUUUAGUUGACGUGGUGCAAUCCCGAGCGACGUGGCCUGAUUGGAGCACGUCUAGCGGGCGCUAA